AACCGUAAGGGAAGAGGCUCCCCUGGAAUGUUCGCCGCUGGUUUCCAGCAAAUGAAACCUUACCUAAGAGUCGACUCCGUCACCGAUGAUGGCACGAAACCCUUCUGCCUUCUUUUAAACUGGUAAACCUCCGCUACCCCUUCGAUUCCCAAACCGAGAAGAAACUGCUGAGACUGAGAUCCAUGGAGGCGCAGCAAGCCAAGGCCAAGCUUUUGGCUGUGGCAGAAGAACUUGGCCACGAGAUACAUGUAUUUACAAACGCAGCAAAUUCUGAAGCAUCCAAUGAAAUGUCUGCUUCUUCCAAAGAGGAACCUGAUGAUUUCUAUGAUUUGACUCCUGAGGAUUAUUAUCGAAUCAUGUCUGACAGAAUAGGAGCCCAAUCCCAAAUUCUGAAGACCCGUAAAAUGCGGGAAGCAGAGGCAGCAGCCCGUAGAGCAAAGAUCACCAAGGUUGUGAUUAGGGUCUGCUUCCCUGAUAAUUACAUUCUUGAGGUAAAGUUUCAUCCAUCAGAGAAAAUUCAAAGUUUGAUGGAUCUUCUCAUGAAAGUAGUGACUCGACCGGACCUACCAUUCUAUUUAUAUACCACUCCUCCAAAGGAGCGAAUCAAAGACAUUUCAGAGGAUUUCUAUUCAGCUGGCUUUGUUCCUGGAGCUAUAGUUUACUUUUCUUAUGAUCUACCAAAAGAUAAAGAGUUUCAUAGUGCAGUUGCAAAGAUGGGGCCUUACCUUCGUGAUGAUAUCUUAUCUUUGAAUGGAUUGGAUCUUACUCCUGAAAAGGUGGAUCCCAUCUCUUCUGGACAAGAACCUCCAGCAGUGGAGAGACCCGCUGCUGUUCCUGAUCCUAAGCCAGCUGUGAAGAAGCCGGCUAAGCCAAAGUGGCUUAAAUUGUAAAACCAUAGAAAAGGUAACAAAGAAUUGGAACUUCACGACAAUGCAUAUUAGGAGUUCUGACCAGAAAGAAAGUGUGCUAUGAGUUUCCAUCUAAUUCACCAUUAUGAGUGGUGCUACACUUAAACAAGAUCAGAAGGAAUCUUCACAGGAUGCUUGCUUUAGUGCUAUAACAUGAUUUAUUUAAUGUUGUGUGGAUGGACUAAUUUUAUAACAAGGCAUUCAAGAACUAAAUCUGUUCCUGGUGGAAAUGCUUCUCUUUAUUGUUCUCUUCAUUUAUGCUAAUUUUGUCCAGGUUCGAUUGAGAAGGAUACUUAAUCUAACAUGUCUCACUAAUUGUGGUGCUAAAGGAUGCUCAGAAGAUAAAAAUAAAGCAAAUUAUUUGAAA